AGAUAAGAAGGCUACCUCACACAAGUUAACGAGUAGAAAUUUCAAGUGGACCAUUUUCUUUGCCUUUUACAAUUUGGAUAUUGGGAAUUACAAGUUGCGACAUCCAGCUGAACGCAGUAAUAGAAGUAGUAUAAUUUAGUUAUUUUUUGAGAGAAGAUCAACAAAUAAUAAGGCUUAUUACACACACACACACACACACACACACACACACAUAUUUGACAAAAUGCUCUCUUUAGACUUUCUCGACGAUGUUCGGCGAAUGAAUAAGCGCCAGUUGUAUUACCAGGUGCUGAAUUUUGGUAUGAUCGUGUCUUCAGCCUUGAUGAUUUGGAAAGGCCUGAUGGUUGUGACUGGAAGCGAAAGCCCAAUUGUAGUUGUUCUCAGUGGCAGUAUGGAGCCUGCAUUUCACAGAGGAGACCUGCUAUUUCUCACAAAUCGAGUUGAAGAUCCAAUCAGAGUUGGAGAAAUUGUGGUGUUCAGGAUUGAGGGCAGAGAGAUCCCCAUUGUCCACAGAGUGCUCAAAAUUCAUGAGAAGGAAAAUGGGGACAUUAAGUUCCUGACAAAAGGAGAUAAUAACUCUGUGGAUGACCGAGGCCUAUACAAGAGGGGACAGCAUUGGUUGGAGAAGAAGGAUGUGGUGGGCAGGGCAAGAGGAUUUGUGCCUUACAUAGGAAUUGUUACAAUUUUGAUGAAUGACUACCCUAAGUUUAAGUAUGCUGUUCUAUGCAUGCUGGGACUCUUUGUUUUGGUACAUAGAGAGUAAUCCUUCUCUACCAAGGACAUCGUGAUAAAUCAAGGCAGUUCCAACCCUCCCCAAGCCAGUUUUGCUAGCAUGUUACUUCUUUUUAUGCCAAAUAUUUGUAACUGUCAAGAACUGAGGUUAAUGAUUAAAAUUACAUGGCUGUUAA